GGCGGGCGCGGUAAACAACGCGCCGCCAUCUUGAAAUCGCAAUCGGCGAAACUACCUGAAUUAAAUCGCCGAUAUAUAGUUAAAUAUUAGCAUGAACGUUGUGCAAUAUAUAUAUUGACAUCCUAAUGAUGACUUAAACAUCAACUUGAAAUGGCAGGACAGUACCCUGGCCCAUUUUGUGAGGAAGCUGGACUUCUGUCAGCAAAUCUUAUCCACAAUGUGAUAGAACCAAAACCUGAAGGAACCCUCAAACAUGGCCAUAUUAUUGAGCUGAAGAAAUUUGCUGAUGCAUCAAAACUCCCUCUAACCAAUCUCAUUACCUGGCUAAAUCAAAUUGACAAAAAGACGUGUGAAAUUAAACAAGCCACGCUGUCUGUCCGCAUCAAACGUGUUAUUGAAACAAACAAAAAGUUGCUACACAAAAAGAAAGUAGCUGGAUUCAAGACUUCGAACGAGUACCAGAAUUCUCCGUUCAUUCCUUUGACUGUCUCGCUGUCAGGAAACACGACAACCAAAGUUAACAAUAAUGAGACUUGUGUUGAAAAAAGUAAAACUGAAAGUGAAAUGUCUGAUCCAAAGAAAGUUACUUCAAAACAAGAUAAUUAUUCAGAAUUAGAGAAAUGUGUAAGCAAAGAUGCAUUUAACAAAUCCAAAAUGUGUUAAUGAAAACAUUUCAGCAACAUUGUUAACUUAUUGCACUGUCACUGUGAUAUAUCUAACUUAUUGAAUUUGUUUUAUGUUAUCAUUCAUUUCAUGUAAAAAUGUUGAUUUCUCAUUGAUUUUAUGUAUGUUGUAAAUGUACAAAUAAAAUUUAAAAUAAACACCCGUCAUUUUGAUGUGAAAAUGUCAGAUUUACCCCUUAGGCAUGAGUCAGAGAUAUAAAAUAACAGCAGAACUGAAUUCAGCAUGAAAUUUUACAUUACAGUGCAAAUUUUUAUAAAGAUAUCUCUAUGAAUAAAAAAGUUAUGUUAAUUUAACUGAAAAAUCUUGAAUUUUCGGUUCCGUCGAUUGACCGCGAAAAUGCAGAAAGUCUUUGAAAAAGAUGACCAAAUUCUGUCGAAAAAUCAAAACUUAAAUUUGGCAUAACUUUUGUUUCAGUUGAGAUAUCUUCAAAAUUUAAACUGUUUUGU